AUGGCUUUGGACCGGCGUCUUCGUCUGGUUCCAGAGGCAGGUUCUGCAGGUCAUGAUUCCAAGGGGGUCUUGAGUAGGGGGGAGCCAUGUUUGGGAGAUCUGUGUGGACCUCUGGACUGUCGACUAUGUGACGUCACGCUCAACUCGCUCCAGCAGGGACACGCUCACUACCAGUCUCAGGUGAUGCCUGCCACUGAGGCAGACUAUGGCCAACUCUCAUCCAGCUCACCAGAAGUAGCCCCAACUCACUACAAUAGGAUGGACCACAGAGCGUACCACACCCACCGACGAAGGAUCCCCCGGGAUUUGACCAUGUGCGUGACCCCGAGCGGCCACUUCUACUGCUCCCUGUGCAACUGUGGAGCAGAGCAGGAGUCGGACUUUCGUCGUCAUUUAAGCAGCAAAGCACACAGGUCGAGAGCAUCCGAGUCUCUGUAUCGCACCGAGAAUUUGGGCCACAGCUGA